GUUAUAUCAUGCUUGGGACGUUGGUCGUUCCUGUUCUUGUGAUGCGCACGCGUGUUUUGCCGAGUGAAAAACGCUCAUUUCUCGCUUUGAAUGCAUUCAAAGAACCGCCAUUUGCGAUAUUUUCCCUUGCCGUGUUUCUUGGCUUUACAGGGCUGUAUGUUCCCUUUUAUUAUAUAUCCUCGUACGGGAUCAACAAACUUGGAAUGAAGCCAGAGCUUGGCUUUUACUUGGUUCCGAUCCUCAAUGCAGGCAGUGUAUUUGGGCGCCUAUUUCCAAAUUACCUAGCAGAUAUCGUCGGUCCGCUGAACAUCUUGAUUCCAUUCACGUUUGGGUGCUUGGUGCUUGCAUUUGCAUGGAUAGGGAUACAAAACACCCCCGGAAUUAUUGUAUUCGCUGUACUGUAUGGGUUCACAUCUGGGACAUAUGUCUCGCUACCGCCUGCAACCAUUGCAAGCCUUACCAAAGAUCUCCAUCACGUGGGCACACGAAUGGGCACGUGUUUCUUGUGCGGUGCCUUUGGCAUCUUGAUCGGAAAUCCAAUUGCUGGUACAUUGGUGGACCCUGCAAGAGGUAGCUUUUGGAAAGCGCAAGUUUUUUGUGGUGCGCUGGUAGUAGGUGCAGUGGCCUGUCUUGUACUUGCUCGCAUUGCGAAAACAGGUUUUCUCUGGAAGGUCAAGGCGUGA